AUGAGUAGGGACAAUCCGCUCAAAUCUUUGAUAAGCCAGCUUACACCUCUACCUUACCCCGUUGGCGACUGUACCGGAAAAACAGUUAUCAUAACUGGUGCGAGUUCCGGUCUAGGACUUGAAGCAGCGCGGCAUUUUGUCCGGCUUAAUGCUAGAAAGGUUAUCCUAGGAUGCAGAAAUAUAAAAAGGGGCGAGAGAGCCAAGGCUGUUAUCGUCUCUUCAGAGGGAGUUGAGAAAACACAUGUGAUCGAUAUAUGGCAAAUAGACCUAGAGUCAUUCGACAGUGUCAAAUGCUUCUGCCAUCGUGCCGCCAGACUUGACCAGCUCGACAUUCUUGUUGAGAAUGCGGGGAUUCAGACCGCAUACUUUCAUAUGGCAGAGGGCCACGAGCGGCAGAUCACUAUCAACGUUAUAUCUACCUUCCUUAUAGCGUUCCUAUUACUUCCGACCCUUGAAAGAAGCUUUACGGUAACUCAAGAAUUGCCACGCCUAGUCAUCGUCGCCUCGAAUGCUCAUAAGGCUGUUUCGCUUAAACAAAGAACCGAUGAACCGGUAUUUGAAAGUUUUCGGAAACCUGGCAUUAUGGGCCUACGCUAUGCCUACAGUAAACUCUUGGUGGUAUUGAUUGGCCGGGAGUUAGCAAAGCGUAUCGAUGCGAAAGAUGGAGGACCCCGGGUAAUUUUGAACCUGGUAGAUACGGGGCUCUGCAACACCAAUCUAUUUCGUGACGCCCGGUUCCCCCUAUCGCGGUUUUUGUCUACAAUGUUGUGGUUGUUAGGGCGGUCCUCCGAGAUGGGAUCCCGGUGUCUCGUUGCUGCAGCUCUAGCUGGUCCGGAAACACACGGAAAAUAUAUGGAGGACUGCCGGAUUAGCAAAGAAAGUAGGUUUGUUUAUAGUUCCAAGGGAGCACAGAUUCAGACGAGGGUUUUUGAUGAAUUUCUUGAGAUUCUGCAUAGUAUCGAGCCGGGGCUAUCAGGAAGAGCGUAG